AUGGAGAGAAAAGAAGGCUCACUGCCGCGUAGAGUGGGAUCCGUGACCAUUAAUCCCUUUUUCAACUUUAUCCGGGAGUACAGACGAAAAAAUUACGGGCAGUCUAUGAAGAUAGUUAUUGCAGAGGCAGCAAAGGUUUGGAAAGAGAUGCCCUAUGAGGCCAAAAAUCGUUUUAGGAAACAAUCUGUGAUUUCUGUGGGAAUUCAGGACUCAUUGAUGUCCUUUUUGUCCUCAGUGAUUUUUCUCGAUGGUUCUGUGCCAAUAAAAUACGGAUUGCGUUUAAAUUCUGAAGCCAAAUACAUGGAAUUGAAAAUGGAAUUGUCCCAAAUUUGUCAACUUGAUCCAGACUUGAUGCUUUGCUGCGAAAUCCUUGAGUCUCAGGUCAGGACAAUUCUGCUGGAUGAUCAAAAGGUGAAGACAUCGACAGCCACGGAGCUUUAUGUGUAUGAAUUGCCAAAGAUGGGGGCACAUGAGAGAUCAUUGUGCAAUUCGGAGCUUGGACUGAGCAUUGAGAAGGGUUUGAAGGACAUUCAGAGGCAUCAAGGAUUACUCGCUUCAGCUGAAAACUACCAAUCGACAAUUUCCUCAACUGUCUCAUCGAUAACAACGUCCUCUGAGGAUACAGCUUCAGGGCAACCACUGACUGGCGGCUCUCAGGCUUCAGGGGACAAUGCAACGAUGGAGGAAGACUCUACACAGCCACAGACUGCCACAGUGAGGAAGACUUCGGCGGAAAUUGAGAGAAAAUCAUCGAAGGUAAGCCGGUGCUUAGGAAACACCCUCUGCAUGCCACAGACUCUGUUAUGCUUCAAGGUAUGGUAAAAGAGAUCACUGGUUUUUUUUCAAAAUUAUUUUUAGCGAUAGAUUUUUUUCUAGGGAUUUUAUUGAGGAUUUUUUUUUGUAAAUUUUGCUGUACAGAAGCUUAGUUUUGAAUGAGAGAAAGUUUUUGGUGGCUCAAGUGAAACUGAAGUGAAAUGGCAAUUUUUUUUUACAUUUUGAAAAGGAAUUUUUUUUGGCUGAGACACUCACCAUACUCACCUUUUUAUCGAUUCUGGGACGGAAAUGAGAUUGUAAGAAUCUUGGCUAAAAAGAGACGGCAAAGUGUCCAUGCUUUAUGAAUUAUACCUUUUCGAAAUUGAAAAUUAGCUAAAAUGUGCACACUUUCGAAUAAUUUUGACUAUUUACAUUCAGGAAACCUUAAUCGAAAACAUCGAUUGAUCGAUGAAAAAUCGGUAAACAAUAAUUUGAGGUCGAAAUGAACUAUAAGAAAACGGAUUUUGGGAGGAGUUACAGGGCUGUAGAAAAAAAGAUAGAAAAGAGGUGAAAUGCUUGAACGAAACCAAUCACAACUGGUUACUUGUUUCAUUUGUCGAAUUCCUGAAUAAUCGGAAAUUUAGCCAUGGCCAAAACCAAUUAUAUAGUACAACACUCCAUUUUGUAUUAAUCCGAGACACUUCCCCUUUUUUUAAGGAUCAUUUAUCAAUUUAUUAAGAAAUACCAAGUCAAAAACUGUAGUUACACUCGUAAAUUUUGAUUCAGAACUCGAACUUACCCUUUGGCUUCUAGAUCGAAAAAAAUGAAACACCACCAAGAAAUUUUAAUAAUAUUCGGACGAAAUAAUUUACAGCUACUUUACCAAUACACUUCUGAUUGGGAUCGAUGCUGUCGGAUUGGGAAUUUUAAGACCUUUCCAAGAAAUCCGAAUUUGACAAAAUAGGUUGAGGAAUAGGCCCCCUGUGAAGCUAUUCCACUUUUAUCUCUAAAAACUCAAUUUCGAAAAUAUUUCAGUUAAAAUAAUUUCCCGAAAGGCCCAAAACAUAGAAAAUUUCCUUUUGCUCGAGCGAGUGAAAAUGACAAUUUCCCAAAAUGCAGUAAAUUUCCCUUUGCUUCAUCAACCGAAACGAUUAAUUUCCCAAGACACAGAAAGUUUCCUUUUGACCCAACAAGCGAAACGAAUAAUUUUCUAAAACCCAAAAUUUCUUAUUAUUUCAGAAAGUGAAACUAAUCAUUUACCAAAAUACAAAAUUUCCCUUUGCUCGAGAGAGUGAAACUAAAAAUUUUCCAAAACAUAGAAAAUUCCCUUUUACUGCAACAAGCAAAACUGAUCAUUUCCCAAUCACAAAAUUUCCUAUGCUCCAGGAAUUGAAACAAAUAAUUUCCCAAAACGCAAAAUUUCCCUUUUCUCGAGCGUGUUGAAACUAAAAAUUUCCCGAAACAUAGAAAA